UUCCGUCAGGACGACUUAGAGGCGAACACCGGCAUGUAGCCUCAUAACACAACGCCAAGUCAGGUCAGCUGUCUUUCUUCCCGUGGUUAUUAUACCGUUCACGGUCCAGAUAAACAAUAAAUGACUGUCCACAUGCAUGUAUUUAAGUUAGGUGUGAGUCACCAUGAAGACUCUGCCAUGUUAGCGAUAGGAGUUUGAAGGUCUUUUAACCUUAGCCGAGCUGCUAGCUUGCUAGCUCCCCAACACGCCCCUACUGAAGUGUUUCCGUUGAAUGACGUCAUAGCCCCUACUGAAGUGUUUACAUUGAAUGACGUCAUAGCCCCUACUGAAGUGUUUCCAUUGUGUCAAGUCAGCGUCAUAGCUCCACGACAUCGUCAGUAAGGUUAAGGAUUGCCGCAUUCCUACAAGUUAUGAGGGCGCUUUUUAAAAAGCUGCAUCGCAUAUUUGUCAAUCUCGCCUUUUUCCCAAGCACUUUGGGCCAUACUUCGCCUCGUCCCGCCGCUUCGGAGGUGCUCACCUGUCACCUGCGGCAGAGGAGGCUGCCGCCCUGGACAUCUUUCUGUGUGCGCUACUCUGCCGUUCAAAAUGACCAGUUUGGACUGUCCAACUUUAACUGGAGCGUCCAGGGAUCGAACUAUCACAUACUGAGAACUGGCUGCUUCCCCUUCAUUAAGUACCACUGUACCAAAGCACCUCCACAGAGCCUGCACUUGGAGGACAGCUUUUUCACCCUGCUCAAAGUCAUCAAUCUAGGUGUCCCCUGUUUGGCCUAUGGAAUCGGUUGUUGGAUGGUUGUGGGUGCUGCUGAAACAGUCCGUACAAGCCUUGGUCCUGUCACAGUCUAUUUUGCUUACAAGGAAGACGAAGGUGGCCAAGUACCUGACUGCCCCCUAGCCAGGGACACGGUGAAGACCUCAACGGCGGAGCAGGCGGAAGACGGUAGAUUUAAGAACUACCACAACAGCUGCGAUGGCGGAAGAAGGCUGCAGCAGAAAAGGGUCCCCAGUCGUCUUGGACUCCAUGCCACUGGACCCUGACCCGAUUCUGUCAAGGAUCGUGUGGUGACUCUCUGUGCACCAGUCUCCCCAUGUAAAAAAAAGUCACGCACAGGCAUCCUCCAUAAAGGGAUACACCCCUACCAGGAGGAUCGUCAUACUCGUUCGAGUGACCGCCGAUGAUGAUGAGAUCGAAUCCCCAUUGCCUACAUUGUUAGCCACCUCUUGCUAGCGUUCUUUAACUAGUCUACCACCUCAGGAACGUUGCUAAACUCCGCCCCUCACUCACUCUCUCUGAUGCCGAGAAGCUUGUCCACGCCUUUGUCUCCUCCAGGCUAGACUACUGCAACGCACUUCUUGUGGGGAUCCCCAGCAAGAACAUCCAGAAACUGCAAUACAUACAGAAUAGUGCUGCUAGGAUCCGGAUGAGAGUGCGGAAAUAGGACCAUAGCACACCAACUCUCAAAUCCCUUCACUGGCUUCCUGUUCCACUCAGAAUUGAAUACAAAGUAUCCCUACUAACCCACCAGUGCCUCCAUGGAAAUGCCCCCCUCUACCUCAAAGAACUACUCACCCCCAAAUCCUCCAUCCACACGACACCUCCGCUCCGGACAGGCUAGCCUCCUCCAACUUCCAAAGACAAAGCUACGAACAAUGGGAGACCGGGCUUUCUGCUCCGCCGCUCCCAGUCUGUGGAACGCUCUCCCUG